AUGACACAGCUGGAAACAGAGGGCAACUGUGCCAAGCUCAGUGACCCUGAUCCAUGCUCAGAGACCUGUGUGAAAGGGUGCCAGUGUGAUACCGGCUUCUUCUUUGAUGGCCUUGCCUGCGUUUCUGUGGAAAGCUGCAGGUGCUCCCAAAAUGGGCACCACUACGAGCCCCAUGAGACGGUUCUGCUGAAUGCCUGCCAGCAAAACUGUACCUGCAUCCCAGGUCAAGGGCUCCAAUGUGAGGCCCACACUUGUGCCAAUGAUGAAACCUGCAGCCUUCAAGAGGGAGUCCUGGCCUGUGUUAAGGGAACUUGUAAUGUAAAUUCCCAGGGGAAAAGGUUUAUUACAGCCUUCAUGCAAAAUUCAAGUCCUACAAGGUCAAAUCAAACGCUGGAGCUGUACUUCUCUGGGUAUCAACCUGCAACAAAUAUUACAGUCUCAACCAACAAUAUGAAAUUACACAGAACCAUUGAUGAAGGAGAAAUCAUUUCCGUUGAAUUUCCAGUCUCCUUAGAAAUGGUGGGGACCGACAUAUUUGUGAAGACAGUGCUGAUUGAAGCUGACAAAGACAUCUCUGUCUUCUCCUACAAUCACAUUCACCAAACAGGUGGCGGUACAAUUAUCUAUCCCGUCCACCAGCUGGGACAGUUAUAUUAUGUGGUCACUCCAACAGAAGAUGAAAAGUAUAAAUUAAAAGAGUUUGCGGUUAUAGCCCAUGAGGACCUCACAACAGUGACCAUCCACCUGAAAGGCCCUGUGACUUUCAAAAGCAAAGUUUACCCUGCUGGUACCAUCUUUAGGACUGACCUCAAGGCCCUUGAAACAAUUCAGCUCCAAAGCACGCAAGAUUUAUCGGGCACCAAGAUUGAAUCGAACAAACCUGUGGCUGUCCUCAGUGGACACAUCUCGGCUAAGAAGUUUGCAGGCAAUGACCAUGUUGUUGAGCAGCUCCUGCCAGUUCAGAGCUGGGGAACCACCUUUAUCGUCCCUGCUCUUCCUUUCCAGACAAAACAUGACAUUGCAUAUGUUGUCUCUGCAGAGAACACUUUGCUCAAAUAUCGGUCUAAUUCCAAAGACGAAUCUCGCACCCUGGUGGCUGGGGAAGUUUUCAGGCAUGAGGUGCAGAGCUCUGAACCACUUGUUAUCUCUGCUAAUGCUGGAAUCCAAGUCCAUCUCUUUUUCACUGGUGCCAAAAGAGGAAGCUAUUACUAUGACUCCUUCCUCAUGAAUAUCCCUGCCAUCACAUGCUAUUGCAAUUCAUACCACAUUUAUGGAAUAAGCAAGUUUACAAAUCAUGCUAUAAUCAUGGCCAAAUCAUCAGAAUCCUUUAGGAUCACCAAUGUGGAAAGAGCGAUCAGCUGGACACCAAUCCCAGACACAGAAUAUUCAUGGGCUGAACAAGAUGUGAAGAUUGCAGAUCAUGCCCUCUUACUGGAACACAAGAACACUCCAUUUGGUCUCUUCAUCUUUGGAGGUGGUGAUUAUCUUGGCUAUGGUACUGCUGCUCAUUGUUCUUCCGUUCCAAGCUGCCCAGUCAACAGCCAUUACACGGUCUGUGCCAACCUGUGCCCCACUAGCUGUGCCAAGCUCAGUGACCCUGAUCCAUGCUCAGAGACCUGUGUGAAAGGGUGCCAGUGUGAUACCGGCUUCUUCUUUGAUGGCCUUGCCUGCGUUUCUGUGGAAAGCUGCAGGUGCUCCCAAAAUGGGCACCACUACGAGCCCCAUGAGACGGUUCUGCUGAAUGCCUGCCAGCAAAACUGUACCUGCAUCCCAGGUCAAGGGCUCCAAUGUGAGGCCCACACUUGUGCCAAUGAUGAAACCUGCAGCCUUCAAGAGGGAGUCCUGGCCUGUGUUAAGGGUAAGAAUUCAUUCCCUUAUGCUCACUGGCUCUGCAUCCUCAGUGAAAGGUGGCUGUAG